UUCCAAAUUUUAAACGGAAACGGCCACUCGAAAAAAUUAUAUAUAAAUGUGUUUUCACAAUUAGUGAGGUUGUGGUUAUCCAAAAGCUGAAAAUGACUCCAUUUAAAUUAAUUUUUUUAAUACCAAUAUUGGUAAAUAUCAAUUAUACGUAUGCUGACGAUACUAUAGUUGAAAUUGAGUCAGGAAAAAUCAAAGGACAUAUUCUAAAAAGUGAAAAUGGUAAGGACUAUUAUGCUUUCCAAGAAAUACCCUACGCAGCCAAACCAAUAGGUGAAAAUCGAUUCCAACCUCCUAAAGCUCCAGAGCCGUGGUCAGAUAUUUUAGAAACGACAAACAACACAAAAAUCUGUUACCAAUAUAAAAGGGAAGACGCGAGUUUGGAAAUUAGCGAAGAUUGUUUGUAUAUUAAUGUUUAUACACCCCAAAAACCAACUGACGCUAAAGUUUUACCAGUACUGCUUUGGAUCCACGGUGGUGGAUUUGUAAAUGGAUCCAGUACUUUCGAAUACUAUGGACCUAAAUAUCUCAUGGACUAUGGCGUGGUGGUUGUUACCUUCAAUUAUCGUUUAGGAGCUUUCGGAUUCGUUGGUACUGAUGAUGGUGUGAUUCCGGCUAAUUUGGGUCUAAAAGAUCAAUUGUUCGCUAUGCAAUGGGUUAACAGGAAUAUUAAAGCCUUCAGUGGUAAUCCUUAUCAAGUUGUUUUAGUUGGAGAAAGCGCCGGAUCGAUUUCUGUCGGCUAUCACCUUUUAGGACCUUACGUUAACGAUACAAAAAUAUUCCACGCUGCCAUAAUGCAAAGCGGAAGUCCAGUUGGUAGUGAAUUGAGAACACAGAACAUUACAAAUGAAGCUUACAAGCUUGCAAAAGCUCUAGACCCAACUUUUAAUUCCACCGAUUCGAGCGACAUCUUGAAAUUGCUCCAAAGCGCCAGUGCCGAAGAUAUUUUACAUUCGGAAGUUACUGGUGCUGUGGUAUUAGAACAAGACGGACCGUUCUCCUAUCAAGCUUUCCCUUCCUUCUUAAACCAAAAUUAUAAGAAAAUUCCUGUUAUGAUAGGUUUCAAUUCGGAAGAAUGGGCGUUUUUAGUUUGGGGUCGAAAUAAAACUCAGUACGGAAAAUUUGACGAAGAUCCUAGUUUAUUGGUUGAUCCGUUGAUAAACAUGUCGUCGGAAAAUCGAACGAUUGCUGGUAAUUUAUUAAGACAACUUUACACUGGCAACACGACUUUUGACGAAAAUUAUGGAGGCUUUAUCAGAUAUGUCAGUGAUCAUAUGUUCACUACAGCCACGUGUAAGCAAGUUGAGUUAGCCUCCCCCGAGGCUCCCUAUUAUUUAUAUCAAUUUUCUUACAAGGGUGAAUUAGGAGGGCAGAUGUCACUGUUGUCUGUAUUACCACCAGGCACCGGUACAGUAGCCCACGCUGAAGAUUUACAUUACAUGUGGGACGAUGGUUCCAAUAGCGAUCUCAGUCAGUUUCCCGAAGAAGAUGGCGUAAUGUUGCAACGUUACAUUAAAAUGUGGACAAAUUUCGUUAAAUAUUUCGUCCCAACCCCGGAACCCGUUGGUAAUAUCACUUGGUUGCCUUCAGAACCAUCGACACUUAGGUAUCUCAAUAUAAAUACGACUUUCGAGAUGAUGGAAAACCCCAGGCAGUACCAGCAAGUUAAAGGGAUAUUGGAAACAUACAUGGAACCACCCUAUACUGUUUUUAAUUGAAAAAACAUCGAAAAUAAAUGAUAUAAAGUGAUUUAAA